GGGGAUCCUGCGUUUGUAAUGCACGAGUGUGUGUGAAAAGAAGGUGGGGGUGAGAGACCCCGUCGUGUUUUGACCCCCCCCCAAACAACUCCCGACCACCAUCUCUCCCCACAUAGUCUCUGCCUAUCUCAAUGUUUAAAGCAACAUCACUCAAGUGGCUGUGACAUUUUCCAGCCUGCCGCGACAGUCCAUGGACAGCGAGAACGGCCAAAAAGGACGCUACUUCUCCUCGCCAAGCAUCUCGCCUGCGAGCCGGACCCAAAGACAUAACGUGCGGACCUACCACAACGCUCUCGAAACCGAAGCCCAUGCAGGAUAUCUCGAGCACGGCCUGAGAGUGACUAUAGCCUAUACGUCAAAUCUAGGUUUCGAUCAUCUGGAUACAGGAGGCAGAACGCCUGCGCUGGACAGCGGGUCUGGUCUCAUCCUUCCCGGAGUAGGAUUGGCUUCUGUGUCGCAUGGAUAAGAGGUAUGAAGAUCUGGUGCACUACUCAGGGUCAGAGGGCAUGCCCGUGGGGGGGUAUGGAGAGGUCAUGAGGUCACUGCACCCCCCUCACUAUGGCCACACUGUCCCAGAUUCCCUCAAACACCACAGGGACCAGAUCUAUGGUCAUCCCCUGUUUCCAUUGCUGGCCCUGGUGUUUGAGAAGUGUGAGCUGGCCACCUGCUCCCCGCGGGACGUCACAUCCCACUCAGUCCCUCCCCACCUCCAAGGCCUGACCAAUCACAGUGAUGUAUGCUCCUCAGACUCCUUCAACGAUGACAUCGCAGCCUUCGCCAAACAGAUUCGCUCAGAGAAGCCCAUUUUUUCUACAAAUCCUGAACUGGACAACCUGAUGAUCCAGGCCAUCCAGGUACUACGUUUCCACCUGUUGGAGCUGGAAAAGGUUCAUGACCUGUGUGAUAACUUCUGCAAUCGCUACAUCACCUGCCUGAAGGGCAAGAUGCCCACAGACCUGAUUCUGGAUGACAAGGAGGGCGGGCCCAAGUCCGACGUGGAGGAUUUCACUGGCUCCUGCACUAGUCUGUCAGAACAGAAUCAGUCGUGGUUGCGGGAUCCAGAUGACUGUGCGUCCACUCCGCUAGGGACCCCUGGCAUGUCGUGUGGCCUGCCUUCACACAGCACAGACAACUGCAGUGAUACGGGGGAUGGUUUGGAUGGGGGCGUGGCCUCCCCCAGUACGGGAGAGGAGGACGAUACGGACCGAGACAGAAGGAACAACAAGAAGAGGGGCAUUUUCCCCAAACUGGCAACCAACAUCAUGAGGGCAUGGCUCUUCCAGCAUUUAUCGCACCCAUACCCCUCAGAGGAGCAGAAGAAGCAGCUGGCACAGGACACAGGCCUGACCAUCCUGCAGGUCAACAACUGGUUUAUCAAUGCAAGACGGAGAAUAGUACAGCCCAUGAUUGACCAGUCAAAUCGCUCAGGUCAAGGUGGUCCUUACAGCCCAGAGGGAGCAGCACUGGGGGGCUACGGACUGGACGGCCAAGCCCACCUGGGUCUCAGGGCAGCAGGUCUUCAGGGGAUGCCGUCUCUUCCCGGAGAGUACCCCGGGGCCCUGCUGUCCCAGUCUGGCUACCCCCACGCCGGCCCGUCCCUGCACCCCUACCCCGGCCCCCACCCCGCCAUGCUGCUGCACCCGCCGCCCCACCCCCACCCCGCCGAUCCCCUCAUAGGCCAGGGCCUGGACAUACACGCCCACUAACUGAGAAGGAAGGGUGUGAAGGAGAGGGGAGAGAGGAAAGGGGAGAGAGAGGCCAUCCUGGGGGAGAUGGGGGCUCACACACCCGCCACACGCUAACUACGACAGCAUGGCGCAAGUCCAAAUGUUUACAUUCCCGCCGUAAGACACUGAAAUCCACAGUCACUCAAGCCAUUGUCUGCAACAUGCAUACACUUCCACCGCUGGCCCCUCUUAUACCAUCAAUAACAUACUUACAUUCCAUCUCAGACGUAGACAAAGACACACACCACACUGAGCCCCUGAGUGUGAGCCAAACCCACUUCAGGGUGGAAGAGGCGAGCGUCCUCAGCCCCUCUACAUACUCUAUGGUGACAGUGAGCAGUCUGACUCCCAGGAUAGCGCCCCCUCUAGGAGCAUAGAGGAACACCCCACACGGACCACUGACCAGCCAACUUGCCUCUCUCUCCCACCUGGCCUACUGGCCAACCAAAUGGAAAGACGGAAGGACACAGGUCAGACACACAGCUCCCGAUCUGCCUGGGUCACCUUAACCUCCAUAACUCUUAUGACCUCACACAGCCCAGGCUUGAAGCGUUGUGAUUGGACAGAACGCCAGUGAUACACUCUAACCUCUCUCCUCCACGCCCCAGGCCACACCCAGUCUUCCCACACCGACAACUGUCACACACACACCGUAUUUCAUUUGACCUUUUUUUAGAUCUAUUUUUGUAUUUAUAUGUGUCAGAGAGGUGGGACCUGACAAAAGUCCUGUGAACAGUGAUCUUUCAGGGCUUCACUCUGCAUGACUCUUGUACACUAUGAAUGAGCUCAAUUUGUCUCUCUCAAUUUGUUCAAGGACGUACCUUGGUUUGUUUAAAUAGGUUGGAAUGAGUUGAUCACUUACCUCCUUAAGAUCCUGUCAGACGUGAAUAGUAGGGUUUACUGUGGGAUCCACAUCAUAAGCCAAACAGUGAACACACACACACACACACACACACACACACACACACACACACACACACACACACACACACACACACACACACACACACACACACACACACACACACACACACACACACACACACACACACACACACACACACACACACACACACACACACGAUCCUGUCAUACCAUUUCAUGGUCCAUGUUGUCUGCCGUUGUGUUUGAGGAGGACAGCCAAGGGCGUUACACACGCUGCAUCUUCCUCAGUCCCUUAUGGGUCUCUGAUCAAAUAAUUUAUUUCCAAAUGUUGGUGACAAUAAUUGAUGAUAACGAUGUUACAGUUAUGAUUUUGCUUAUAGUAUUAAAACCUUUCUUUUGUAAAA